CGGUCGUCCGUCAUCUCGCAUCGCUCGCUUGUAGCCAGAUUACGGGAAAAAGUGGAACUGCUGGCUGACUGUGGCUAGCAAGUCAAAAAUACCCCACAAUCCGCGCUCGGAACCCAUUCGAAAGUGAUCGAUCCAGCUGGUAAGAGCUUGCCGGGCACCGGAAACGUCUAGUGCGGAUCGUCUUCGUCGUCGUCGUCGGUUAUUCCGUGGGUGACAGUUUUUUUUCCCCUGUGUGUUGUUUCUCUUGCGGGGGACACUGUGUGUGAUUUGCUUCCUUUUUGUUACGUGUGUUAGGUACUCCAAGCUCCUGAACAGAACGAGAAAUAUCUAUCGAAAGUGCUGGACGCCAAAACGAAAAACUCGAACCGAAACCGGAAGUUAAGACAACUACAGUCUUAAGGGCACCUCCAGAGUGUGAGCUUGCAUUGUAAAGAGUAUUUUUGUGUGAGUCCUACCUAGUUGAUAAGGUCCCAAAAAUGAAACAACCGACGGCUGCGGAUGCCGAUCGAGUCGCCAGAAAGGCCAACCGGCCCAGCUCGCUGCUGACCAACGAGGAGAACGAGCAACUCUUCGGGCUGCUGGAAAAGCGCUGUCAGUCACUAUGCACCGCGGUAAUUCAGCUGUACAUGACCCAGUCGCCGGCUCACGCUUCCUGGGUCAAGAAGUGGACCGGAGCGCUCUGCUUUACGAAGGACAACUGCCGGCGAUCGUACUUCUUCCAGCUGUACUGCCUCAAGACGAACCGGAUGGUGUGGGAGCAGGAGCUGUACCAGAACAUCGAGGUCACCAAACCGCGACCCUUCCUGAUCAUGUUCGAGGGAGUGGAAGGGAUAGUGGCGUUUAACUUUGCCACCGAGGAUGAGGCGACGGCCUUCAUGAAUACCACAACGACCACCAUCACAAACCGGAAUCGCCGAAGAGAAGAUCGCCUCCACCGAAACAGCACGCAAAGAAAUCCACCCCCUGCCCGGCCACCGCCAAUGACGGCCACGCAGAACAACUUCGAGGACAACAGCGUAACCCUGCGUCACAAACCUUCGUUUUCAGCGCCGGUCGUUCCGAAUGCCGCGACGUUCCAGCAGCAACAACAGCCCCAUCACCGUCCCGCCAAGGCCAAGGGCAAAGCCAAAUUGCGCAAGGAGGACAUCGGGAUGCCUUCGAACUUUAAGCACGUAACGCACGUCGGCUGGAGCCCUACCAGCGGGUUCGAUCUGAGCGGCGAGGAGGAAACGCUACGGCCCUUCCUCGAGAAGGCCGGCGUCAGAGAUUUGCACAUGAAAGAUCGCGAAACGCGCGAGUUCAUCUACGACUUCAUCCAGAGCAACAAAGUGCUGGACACGAUGAAGUCCGAGCAGAGUGGCCACAACAACCGCAAGCAGAAACCUCAUGCUCCGCCUCCCGUUCCGAUUCGAAAUCUCCAGGAAGCCAACCAGCAGCAGCAACAGAUGAAUGGAAGUGUUCAAACGCGAAAUCCACCGCCCCCACCACCAAAUCGAACACUGCCGCCGCUGCCGGCCACAACCCCACCAAAAAUGAACCAAGCGCCUUCCCGACCACCUCCCAUGCAACCACAAGCGGCAGUUCCGACCGCACCGAUUCCAGGACCCCCACCACCGCCUCCACCUCCAGCACCGAUGAAUAUGGGUGGUGGUGGUGCUCCUCCGCCGCCGCCCCCGUCGAUGGGUUCCCUGAAGCCGCCGGCACCGGCGAUUCCGCUGCCGACCGUGGACGAUGGACGAUCGGCGCUGCUCGAUAGUAUCCGGAAAGGAACCACCCUUAAGAAAGUGGACCACAGUGCUCUGAGUACCGGCAGCGAAGGCGGCGGCGAUCCACGUGGCGAUCUUAUGUCCGAGAUUCGGAAAGGGUACGAGCUGAGAAAUGUGGCCGAUCGGGAACUGCCCUCAUCGCUCACCGAUCGAAACAGUGGCAGCGGCGGUGAGGUGGGCGGAACCGAUGCCCUCGCCGAUGCACUGCGCCGGGCUCUGGCCCAGAGAGGGCGGGUGAUCCGAUCCUCGGACGAGGACGACAGCGAUUCCAACUCGGCCAACGACGAGGAUUGGGACGAUUAAGCAGCGGAGGAGAAAGGUGGGCGGAUAAGGAGAAUCAGCGGUGCCAAAUCGAAAACGAAACGAAAAAAAGUAUAGUGUGAAUAACCGGACGAUGUGUGGUUUGAAACAAUGGGGUUACCUUGAAGGAGAUAAUCUUUGAAAAAAAAAAACGAUAGUCACAGCAGCACACCCACACGUCGAAUUUGCAUGUGCCGGGAAAAAAAUUAGGAAAAAGUAUUUUAAUUUGUGACCAGAGCAAAGGGAAAGAAACGUUUGUUGUCUAUUGAGUAGUAAAGGUUUUCAAACCUAACUAUCCCUGCCUCUAUUAACAUUUGUUUUAGUUGAUAUUGACAUAAUUUUUCUAUUCAAAACUUUCGUUCUCCUAAUCACAAAGUAUUCAAUACGAUGCCUUUAAUCGAUAAUAUGUAUUUAUGUAGUCCAAGCUCAUGAUAAGAUGUAAUAGAACUAUUUUAGUUACGAAUAUUAUGAUAAAGUAAUAACGAAUUAACAAGAAAAAAAACUACACAAUCAGAAUCAAACGCGCUCAAAUCAAUAGUGUUAAUGUUUAAAUUCACAGUUUACCCUACGGAAACAAUAGCUUCGAAAUUAUGAGGUGAGAAAUAGUCAACAGGUUUUUUUCUUUUUAUCGAAACGCCGCAGUUGACGAAGGAAAACUUGACUAAAGCUUUGAAAACCUAUCCUACAUAUCCAUUUUUUCACCUAAGGAAUACUAUUUUCUUUCUUUCUCCCUUCGUCGAUUGCGAAGUGAUCAAAAGAGUGGAUGAAGUCGAGAAGAUCUAAGUUUGUAGCACAUUACAAUCGACCCGAUCGUAGCGAAACCAAAAAUCAAUCAUCCAUCAAAUCCAUCUAUUGUCAAUAGAAGGAAGAAUUUGAAUCAACUCUGUUAGAUCGAAACAGUUUAUCCAACUAAAUACUUCUUCCAAAAGUUAGCAUCACCGAUUUCUUUUAGCAAGUCUUUAAUGGAGUAAUUAAUAACAGUAAAAAAAGCCCUGCAGCCUGUUAUUUAUUGUAUGUUUUUCACUACAGUUUUUCUCUUAUACCGGCAACCUUAUUUCUUUAACACAGUUAGUUUCUAUUAAAAAAUAAUUUGAGGAAAAACAAUUGUACAUAUAUGAUUAAAUUCGGCUGAGUUCGAUUGUCGAAAAAUCUUUAAUAAAAAUAACAAAAGCUGAAAGCAGCGCUCCCAAAUUUGACACAAGACAAUUACUUAGGACGGUAGAUAAGAUUCUGUUGUGUUGUGUCGGUGGUGUUAAUAUAUCAGAGAUUGUUUUAUCUUCCUAAUCUACCGUUAGUUUUAGUACCUACCUAUGUUAUCGGAACUAUUUUUGUUGAUUGUCAUAACUUAUACCUACGCCUAUCCUACUUAUCCUAACACGAAAGUCAAUAAUGCCUAUCGAAAGACAUAGAAUAAAAACCGAAACCAGGUUCCGUAAAACAAA